CGAAAUUCAAGAAACCUACGGUCCUACCUACGACGCUACGUGAAGGGAAUCGACCGACCUUGCACCUGGACGGACCUGCUCGACCUCCCGCCCGCCAGACCUGAUACUGUCACCGACAUUGCCAACCCAAUUGGCCUUGUCCCCCGAACCCGCGAUACUUUUCUAAAGCUUCGCUCAGCUUGCCCACCAUGCUGGCGAGGACCUGCCUGCGCUCGACGCGCACCUUUGCCAGCGCGAAAAAUGGCGCCUUCAAAUUUGCCAAGCGUUCGGCUUCCACCCAGAGCUCCGGCGCCGCUGCCGAGUCUCCCCUCCGCCUGAACAUUGCUGCCGCCGCUGCCACCGCCGUCGCCGCCGGCUCGAUCGCCUGGUACUACCAUCUCUAUGGAUCCGCUUCCGCCAUGACUCCGGCUGAGGAAGGUCUCCAUGCUACCAAGUACCCCUGGGUCCACGAACAGUGGCUCAAGACCUUUGAUCACCAAGCUCUUCGCAGAGGUUUCCAGGUGUACCGUGAGGUCUGCGCCUCGUGCCACUCUCUCAGCAGAGUCCCCUACCGCGCUCUUGUCGGCACCAUCUUGACCGUCGAUGAGGCCAAGGCUCUUGCCGAAGAGAACGAGUACGACACCGAGCCCAACGACCAGGGCGAGAUCGAGAAGCGCCCCGGCAAGCUUUCCGACUACCUCCCCGAUCCCUACAAGAACGAUGAGGCCGCCCGUUUCGCCAACAACGGUGCCCUUCCUCCCGAUCUCAGCUUGAUUGUCAAGGCCCGCCACGGUGGCUGCGACUACAUCUUCUCCCUCCUUACCGGCUAUCCCGAUGAGCCUCCCGCUGGCGCUUCUGUUGGCGCCGGCCUUAACUUCAACCCCUACUUCCCCGGUACCGGUAUCGCCAUGGCCCGUGUCCUCUACGACGGCCUCGUCGACUACGAGGAUGGCACCCCCGCCUCCACCUCCCAGAUGGCCAAGGAUGUUGUUGAGUUCCUCAACUGGGCUGCUGAGCCCGAGAUGGACGACCGCAAGCGCAUGGGUAUGAAGGUUCUGGUUGUCACCUCUGUGCUCUUCGCCUUGAGCGUCUAUGUUAAGCGUUACAAGUGGGCUUGGCUCAAGUCGAGGAAGAUCGUCUACGAUCCCCCCAAGGAGUCCACCACCCGCCACUAAUUUAGCAUUGCCACAAUGAAGGGCAAAGUCAUGACAUGCACACAAUAACCGUUGUGAGACGUGCGUGAUUUUCCUUGUCUUUUUCUGUGUAUGUAUCAUAUACUAUUGCUGCCCAAAUUUUGCUCCCUCAUGUUCCUCUUGCGCAUCGGUCAGAAGGAGCAAAACAAAAAGGAAUGGGCAGGGGCGGGAUCGGUAACCAUGGGCAAUGCGGAGAUGUGCGGGCGUGUGGGUUGAACAUGAAGAUGGUCGUAGAGUGUAUAAAUCAAAUUUUCUGGUCAAAUACAACAUAGACGUUAUCGCCUGUGUCAGACAGGGUAUGAUGGUAUGGGUAUGACGGUCAAGCUGAACUUGCAUGUGAGUGGAUCAGGAUACGGAUAUUACGACAUGGGCAUUUGAACGGAUGCCAAAGAGUAAAAGUCAUUUCCCUGUCGGCUACAUCAUCAUGUACGCCUUUAACUUCGAGAGUAGUUGAGAUAUAGUAUGAGCUUCGAAAGCCUUGA